UCACGCUGUUUCAACAAACCAUGUUCUUUAGCAUUGUUUAUGUUUGCUACCACGCCCAAGGGCUUGAAAAGUACACAGCAAAUUUCCCGGUUGGAGAAGCAGAGCAUGUACAAGUUCCAUUUUCACCAAAUUCUUCGCAUUUUUCUCUGUAGCUGGUUACAGUGUUGACCAAAAAUGCAGACGCUUUGUGUUUGUGGAGAUAAGCAAUGGCGUUUCGACGCCGAUUCAUUCUUCGGCUCUCGCCUGUCGUUUCCGACUACUCAUUUGUCAUUUUGGCCACCCAGAAGAAGUUCAGUAGUGUCCAUGGUGGUUAAGCGCAGCCCCAAGCGUCUCAAAUACACCACUGGUUCUCGAUUCACCAAGGAAGAUGGAUUGGUGUACACUGAAGCAGACCCAUCUGCCUCUGAUUCUUGGAAAUUGGAACCGAUUGUCAAUCUCUUGAAACAAGGUGCGGUCGGAGUUAUCCCCACUGAUACCCUGUAUGCAAUAGUAUGUGACCUUAGAAGCCACUCUGCCAUUGAACGUCUUCGUAGAAUCAAGAAUAUAGAAGCUUCAAAGGUUGGAUUGUGUUUGACCAAAUUAGCAUUGUCCUCGAUGUAUAUCUUUUCCUGGUACUAUUACUUGCAACCAUUAAUGUACUUGCAGCCUCUUAGCAUCUUGUGUCAUUCAUUUCGGGACAUAGACAAGUACACAGCUGGAUUUCCACGUGGUGAUGGUCAAGGCCAUGCAAAUUUAUUCAAAGCUGUUAAGCAUCACUUACCUGGUCCUUACACAUUCAUCCUAAUUGCAAGCAAAGAAUUACCUAAGCAAUGCAUAAGGUUUGGGACGUCUUCUGCCAAAUAUGCAUCAAGAAAAAAUGUGGGUGUACGUAUGCCUGAUGAUGCCAUUUGUCAAACAAUACUGAAGGAGAUGGAUGCGCCAUUGAUAUGUACAAGCAUCAAGUUCCAGAAGGAAGAUGAAUGGAUGGUUGACCCAGUUAUAAUAGCUGAUACAUAUGGACCAGAGGGUCUUGAUUUUGUUGUUGAUGGUGGUGUAAGAGUGGCCGACCCAUCCACGGUUGUUGACAUGACAAAAAUGCCUCCCAAAGUACUACGACAGGGAAAGGGUCCUAUUUUACAUUGGAUGGAAUUUGAAGAUGAUCAGAAAACUGAGAUCGAUAAGGAUCUCAUCCCUGCCGGCAUUUGAAAGAAAUCAUCCUCUCCAUUGAAGAUUUAGCAUUCCGAAACCAGUUCAAUACUCUUACCGACUUUGCUUCAAGCUCUCGUAGAAUUGGACUCAUUUUUCUUUUAUGGGGGAGGGGCAAAAUAGGAAGAGAAGAAAAUGUAUAAACACGUGAACAAACGUGAGAAUGUAAAGGAGAUAAUUUCAUGUAAAUAAAAGUUCAUAUUCGCC